AUGAGAGAGAUCGUUAGCGUACACAUUGGACAAGCAGGGAUUCAGGUUGGAAAUGCUUGCUGGGAGCUCUAUUGUCUCGAACAUGGAAUUCAAAACGAUGGAUUAAUGCAAGGUGACAGCAGCAAAGGCUCUGCAGAUGAUUCCUUCAAUACCUUCUUCAGCGAAACCAGCUCUGGAAAGCAUGUGCCCCGGGCUGUAUUCGUUGACCUGGAACCCACUGUCAUCGAUGAAAUUAGGACCGGAAGCUACCGACAACUCUUCCAUCCUGAACAACUUUUAUCUGGCAAGGAAGAUGCAGCUAAUAACUUUGCCAGAGGACAUUAUACAGUCGGAAAAGAAAUGGUCGAUCAGUGUCUUGAUCGAGUCAGAAAAUUAGCUGACAAUUGUACGGGAUUGCAAGGGUUUAUGGUUUUCAACGCGGUUGGUGGUGGCACCGGUUCGGGAUUAGGAUCGUUGCUUUUAGAACGCUUGUCAGUAGAGUAUGGGAAAACGCCCAAACUCGGCUUCAGUAUUUUUCCAUCUCCACAGGUGUCAACUGCAGUUGUUGAGCCUUACAACAGUGUGCUAUCAACUCAUUCCCUCCUAGAACACACAGAUGUGGUGGUGCUGUUGGACAAUGAAGCCAUAUAUGAUAUCUGCAGAAGGGCUUUAGAUAUUGAAAGGCCAACUUACAGGAAUUUAAACCGCUUAAUAUCGCAAAUUAUCUCUUCUUUAACCACUUCUUUGAGGUUCGAUGGAGCCAUUAAUGUUGACAUUAAUGAGUUCCAAACCAAUCUGGUCCCAUACCCACGUAUCCAUUUCAUGCUUUCAUCUUAUGCACCCGUGAUAUCUGCUACAAGAGCCUUCCACGAGCAGAGCUCGGUUCAGGAGAUUACGAGUUCUGUGUUUGAACCCUCUAGCAUGCUGGCUAAAUGUGACCCGAGGCAUGGGAAGUAUGUGGCAUGCUGUUUGAUGUAUCGUGGAGAUGUACUUCCGAAAGAUGUCAAUUCUGCUGUCGCUGCUAUGAAGACCAAACGAACUGUACAGUUUGUUGAUUGGUGUCCUACUGGUUUCAAGUUUGGAAUCAGCUACCAAGCUCCGACAGUGGUACCUGGGGGCGUUCUUGCGAAGACAAGGCGCGCGGUGUGCAUGAUAAGCAACAACACAGCUGUUUCCGAGGUUUUCAAUCGGAUUGACCUCAAGUUUGACCUGAUGUUCGCUAAACGAGCAUUUGUUCACUGGUACGUGGGUGAAGGGAUGGAAGAAGGUGAAUUCUCUGAAGCCCGUGAGGAUCUUGCUGCUCUCGAGAAAGACUACGAAGAAGUCGGUCAAGGUGCUGAUGAGGAGCAGGAAGAAGAAGAAUGGUAGGUAGGUAUGUAUGUAUGUAUGUCUGUCCUGCCUAACAAUGUCAUCACCCAUUAUAUAUACAAUUUCAAAACACAAACCUUUUUUCUGCUGGUUUCUAGUUACAAUUGUGUAAAAUGCCAUUUUGAAGAUGUCAUUUAUCGCACAUAGUUGUUUCCAUUUGCGCGUUUUUAGACGUUUUGGAGAUUUAGGGGUACUUAGUUCUUAACGUUUUGGGGAAAUCUAUAGAAAUGAUCGAUUGCUGACGAAUGUUGGAGGUUAGUUUAACGUAUUUUUCACAUACACGAAAGAGCAUCGAGACAGGCAUUUG